UUUUUUUUUAACUUUUCCCCUUUUUUUACUUUUUCUUUUACUUUCCUAUUCAAUAUGCCUGACUUUGCUACCACUGUACUUUCAGUGGCCAUGGUCUUUGGUCCUGUUGUAGGUUAUAUUGACCAGUAUCGUAUUAUUCUACAAAAAAGAUCAAGUGCUGGUUUUAAUUCAAAAACUUGUGCUAUUUUACUCUUUGCAAAUAUACUUAGAAUCUUUUUUUGGCUUGGAAAAAGGUUUGAUACAACAUUAUUGGUACAGUCAAUUGCGAUGAUUGUAGCUCAAAUGGUCCUAUUACAUAUUGUGGUACUCUAUCGACACGAUCCUAGUCCAACAACACUGUAUAGCAACUUGGAAGUGGGUGGAUCAUCAUCAUCAUCACUGUCUUCCCUAUUAGACGAGCAACUGGAGGCAGAAAUCCAAGGAAGAGAUAUGCUGGAUCAUCCAUAUCAUCAAGGUCGUCAUCGAUGUGGGUUAUUACGAUGGAAUGGAAUACGUCGAUUUUGGUCAUGGGAAUAUUAUCUGGAUUAUAUCAACUGUCUUUUGAUCUUCACUACCAUUGUCGCCUUUUUAUAUUUAUUAUUACAAAAGUCUACUGCUUUUAUUGAAUUAUUGGGCGCGCUUAGUUUGGGUAUCGAAAGUACUCUUCCUUUACCUCAGUGUAUAUCCAAUUUCCAACGCAAAUCUACUGCAGGCUUUAGUUUAUUGGUUUUAGGUUCUUGGUUUCUAGGCGAUAGCUUCAAAUUGUUUUACUUUAUAUAUACCCAUGCACCUCUUCAAUUCGAUAUUUGUGGUGGCAUACAACUUAGUAUUGAUACAGCAAUCGUGGUACAAUUUAUUCUCUAUUCAAGUUUGAUGGGAGUAUGGUGGAAAAACAAAAAGAUCCAUCAUGAUGAUCAAGUUCCUGUAUUGUCUGAUGAUACUGACAUCUGAUCAACUAUUACAUUACGAUUUAUUUAUUCAUUCAAUAAAGUGUUUUAUUUAUUUAUUUAUUUA